ACCUUAAAUACAAUAGUAAUUAGUACGUUUUUACUGAUAGCUGUUAAUAAGAAAAACGUACGUUUAAAGAAAAUGUAAUAGUACAGAUAAUUUAUUUAAUUAUGAAAAUUCGAUUACUUCGAGUUUUGGUAGUAAUUUUCCGUUACGAAGGGAAUACUUUGGAAUCUAUAACUAACGUCACUAUCUUCCAUUCUCGGGAUGCGGUCAAACCCGUGAAUGGUUGUGAACAUCAUCUCAAGGUCAACCAGUGCGUCACACUCGAAAGAUGGCGUCAACUUAAGCCUAAUCACCGUAGCAAUGAGCAGAAUGACCAAAACCACGAGAGUAUCGAACUCUAGUAUAAAAGUUCAGAAGAGAAAACAUGGAGAUUCCACCAGAGUACAGAGAGAGAGCGAGAAGUGUCAGGUUUUCAAUGGUACCAGAAAUCAUAAAAUUUACUCCUGAACUGGCAAUUAAAGAAGAAGAGGAAGAAGAAGAGAAGAAAAGCAAAUUGAAGUUAAUACUUCAAGAUAAAAUUUUACCACACAUGAAAAUAAUUAUAACAUUAAUUUUGUUACUCCUCUUCAUAAUUGGCUUAAGUGUUUACCUCUUCUUGCAUAUGAGACAUAUCAAAAUAGGUAUUCAUAAACAAGCUCAAGAAUUUCCUAGUGAUAACUGUGACGUUGAAGUAUUUAGACUUCCUUCGAAUGUGAUGCCAAUUCAUUACGUUCUAGAGAUUCAACCAGAUUUGGAUAAUUUGAAUUUUAGAGGGAAAGCAGACAUUCAUUUAAACUGCUUUCGUAAUACAAGUAAGGUGACAUUACACGCUGUAAACUUAACAAUAAAAGAUAAUGAUGUCAAGAUGAUUUCUGCAAAUGAAGACGUUAAAUAUAAUUUAACUAUUGAAUAUUCUGGAAUUUUAAGUAAUACUAAUUCAGAUUUUUAUACAUUCUCAUCGACUAGUGAAAAUAGUACUGCUUUUACUCCAUACAAAUUUGUUUCUGGAAGAAAUGCAUUCCCAUGUUUUGAUGAACCUCAUAUAAAAAGCACUUUUGAUAUUAUUUUAAUCAGAAAGAAAAACACUAUUUCUUUAUCUAAUAUGCCUCAUUUAAACAAAGAACCCAGAGGAAACUUUGUUGCUGACAUUUUUCACAAAUCUAUAAAUAUGUCAGCUUAUUCUGUGGCGUUUUUCUUUGGUAAUUAUGCUGGAAGAGCUUAUGACAAGAUUACUGUAUGGUGUCUUCCAAAUGAACAAUCAAUGACAGAUGAUGCUCUUGCUGUAUCAAAUAAAGUAUUAAAAUCAUUAGAAAAUAUAGUAGAAAUUGUAUUUGAAUUAUCUAAAUUGGAUCUUGUUCCAUUACAUUUAGAUAAAGUAAAAUUUCCAUCCAAACAAAAUUAUGGAUUAAUAUUUUAUCCAAAAGAAAUUUUUUUGAAUAAUAAAAAUCAAAGAAAUUUGGAAAAAUAUGAAACAUUAUAUUCAAUUAUGGCCUUUCAGAUAUCACAACAGUGGUUUGGAAAUUUAAUAUCUUUGAGUUGGUGGAAUGAUAUAUGGAUAACUGAAGGAAUUUCAACUUUUAUGGAAUACACAUUACUGUCACAUGAAUUUCUUCAUUGGAAUAAUAUUGAUCCUAUUAUUUAUUAUGCAAAUAUGGCUAGAAUGGAAGACUGUACCAAUAAUGAGAUAAAAUCUUUAUCAAAAAUUGAGUACAAGUGCAAAGAUGUUGGAAUACAGGACUAUUUACAGUACAACAAUAUUUUAAGAAAAAAGAGUGCAGCUGUUAUUCGAAUGGCACAAUACGUAAAUGGAAACGGGACAUUUUGGAGUGGAAUAAAGAAAUACUUAAAUACUUCUGAUAAAAUAAAUAAAGAAGAAAAAUUUUGGAAUUCUCUUUCACCUAAAUAUUUCAAUUUUUUUGAAAAGAUGAAGUAUUGGACACAUUUGGCAGGAAUGCCAAUUUUAACAGUUAAAAGACAAUAUAAGAAGCAUUCAGCAUUUUUAUCACAAGUUUCUUGCAGGGAAAAAUUAGAAGACUAUAAAUAUGAUUUAUGGCCUAUUCCAAUAUCCUUUAUAACAUCAAGACAUCGUCAAUGGAAUCCAAAUAAUCUAUUAUGGAUGAUAACAGAAAAUUUAAUAUUAGAAGAUUUACCAGAUAAAACUGAAUGGAUUUUGGUGAAUGGAGAUAGUAUUGGAUUUUAUGCCGUUAAUUAUGAUGAUGAAAAUUGGAAACUUUUAGCCAUGCAACUUCAUUAUAAUCAUCUAGUUUUUACAGCAAAUCAAAGAAUGAAAAUAAUUUCAGAUUUCAUAUUUUUGGAAAGACAAAAACCUUAUUUACGUUUAGGAUGGUUUAGUUUUGUUGAAAAUUGUCUUAGAAAUCAAGUUUUAUGGUUGGAUUGUUUUAAGAUAUUUGAGAGAAAUUUGGAAAAAGUAAUUAGGAGUGAAAGUAAUUUUUUGGAAUUCUUAGAGGGAAUUAAAACCUGUCCUAGAAACAUUAAAAAAUAUAAUGCUGUUGAGUCUUACUUAAAGAAAAUGUCCAAGAAAUUAUCUUCAUUACAAAAUUCUCAGAUUAAAGAAGUAUUGGGUAUGUUUUCAGAUGGUAAACAACAGUUGAAAAAAGAGUUACAGCAAGUGGAGUCUUGGUUACAAUUGAAACUUUGGACUUAAUUUAUUCAAUAAAACUCAGUUUGUGUGUAUAUUUAUAUAUAUAAACAUUAGAAAUAUAUCAUCAGUUUGCUAUACAUUUUAUAUCUAUUAUAUGAGCAAAUUUUAGCUUUGUUUCUACAAUGAACAAUGAUGGAUUAAAGAAACUACAGUUUACAGUUGAGAUUGCCAGUCAUCCUGUUUUUUCUGGGACAGUUCCAUUUUUCAGUGUUUUAUCCCAAGUCCUGGGCAGCACUAUCCUAGGACAAUAUUUGCAAAUGCCCCACAUUUUGCAUUUGCAAAACAAACAAUAUUUUUAAAAUAAAUCUAUAUGGCAACAUUUCCCACAGUCAAGUUUGGGAUGACAGGAUUAGAAGAGAUCAGAGACAUGACAUAAUAUACAUUUACGCAGUGCAAUUAUAACAAACCAACAAAACUCCAGUAAAUAUAUAACCUAGUUCUGCUGUUUUUAUUACAACUUUUAAAUUGCUGUCUGACAUAUUUGCAUAAGUUGUGUUUACAGAUUGUAUUGUGCUGUACUAACAUUUAGCUUGAAUAUUAAAUAUGUCUGCUAAUAAGAAAUUGAAAAAGGAAUGCCACUUUAAACUUUAUAA